AUGGAGAACACGUGUUUUAGAGAUCCUGCUUGGUUACAGUACAAUCCAUUGACCUCAGAUACUGUUUUAGAGUACUUCUCCUUUUCCCAGUUUUACGAUCGAAAUUGUAAUAACGAAGUUUUGAAAAUGCAGACCCAACAUAGUACAUUAGCGACCACGGGAGCCUUUUUAGAAAAGAUGUCUGGAGUCCAGUACGUUGUUCAUCGAGCUGAGGAACCUUAUCUCUUUAUUAUCAAAAAAUGCUAUCGCCACACUCCUGAAAAAACCGUCACUCUUGACUACUACUACGUCAUGAAUGGGACUGUUUAUCAGGCCCCAACGGAAAAGGAAGUAUCACGCACUCGCCAGACCAAUAUUCUCUUUUCCAUGAUGGAGACUUUAAAUGACCUGCCCUUCCAAAAACCAGCACCAGCCACAGUCACUUCAGGCUCGAUAGACAAAAAGAAGGUUGUUACCUCUUCCCGACUGGCCACACUCUUUAGUCAGUAUUACACUGCGUACCAGCCACCUGAAGACCAAGCUUAA